AUGUUAUCUCUUGAACGAAAUGAACUGAUUCCAAAUUUAUUGACUGGUGAAGCACUUAUUUGGUAUGUUCACCAAGAAGAACAUAUGCCAACGUUUACUACAUUUAUGAAAAAGCUUCUUCAUGAUGACUCUUAUCAAGAAUUAAAAACAGAAUCACCACAAACAUUCAUUCUAUCACCAACACCAUUAAUGGGACCGGAAAUGGUUGAUUCAACAGAAACUGUUAUGGAUUGUUUCCGAAAUCAGAUGUUGAUUACAAAUAUUGAAAAAUUACAAAAAAUUUCUGAUCACUCAAACCAACAUGUAUCUAAAUGGUUACGAGAAAUUCAACACACUAUGAAUAUGUUUAAAUUGACAGAUAGGGAAGAAUUAUUUUAUAUAUCGUUAUGUUUAGCAGCAGGUCCACGAGAUUGGAAUUCUGGUAUUUCAUUUUAUCGUUUACGUCUUUUUGAACGAGGUUUAAAUGAAGAUGUAAGACAAUAUGACUUCGAUAUUAUGAGAUUGUGCAAAGAAGCUAAUCCAUUAAUGGAUGACGCUCAUAAGCUGCAAUAUUUUGAAGGAUGCAUUAAAACCUUCAUUACGUUUUGA